AUGCCCGUCGUGAACCAUGUCGUGCUGGCUUCGGGCGCCGUCGCCGCAGUCUCGGUAGCUGUUGCCGCCGCCAUGGCCAUGUACGAGAAUCCCGAACUGCGGAGAUAUGCAGACGACAUCCGCCGCCGCAUCGCCGUGGCGCUCCACUCUCUGGGCGACGGCCUCACCCCGCCCGAGCGAGCCCCGAGGUUCAAUCGGCCCGAGGACGCCGACGGUUUCCUCCAUUCCAGCCGCGGCACCGGCGCCGAGCCAGGCGUCGAUGCGGACGAGGAAACCCGCCGCAGGCAGCGCGACGAGCUCCUGUUCUGGAACUCGCAGCGCCUGAAGAACAAGCGCGACGAAACCCUCCCCGCGGCUGGGCCGCGGGCGGGGGCGAGCGGCUCCUCGUUUGACGACUUUUUGCGACGCGACCAGACCGCGGAGCAGGGCGCGUACGUCUUCAACACGGGCGCGGGUGCUGAUGCGCGACGUCUCAGCAGCGGCCUUCGCCACCGUGGCCCGGCCCCUGCGCGGCACGCAGAUUCGCCAUCUGUCCACGCCAGCCCUUUUGCCGACGAGCACGGCCUCGGGAGCGACCCAGUCGCGCGUCCGCCCGCGAGUGAGGAGCACUCGUCCGACUUGUAUAGCGCCACCACUCGCGACAACGACGACGCCCAGUCCAACACACUAUCCGGGUCGCCUGCUUUGGUCGACCUGUCCCCCGCCGCCGCGCAACCCGUUUCGCCGCCAACCCUGGAGCGCCAGCUCGCCGACGAUGAGUUCAUGUCGGCCGGCCAGGAAGAUAGACACGAAGCCUACGCCUCUAUCCAGGCUUGGGCCCAGGACUCCAGCCGCAGCUUCUACUCACCCCUGCCGGCGACCCCCGUCGCACCGGUUUCCGAGCCCGAGGCCGUGAGCGACGGCCAGCUUACGCCUACGGAUUCCGUCUCGGUCAUUGGAUCCGGCGAUGUUGAUCCUGCCGGCGGCGCGCAGGGGCGGGCGUUUGACGUCCUGAGCGAGAGCGAGGGCAUGCUGACUCCGGCAAGCUGGUCCGAAGUGGGGAGUGUCGUGAGCGAGUAUUGA